GAACCGAUAUUUGGUUGUCAGUAUCAGUGGGAAAAUGUGAGAAUUGUUUGGUGAAGCCGGUAAGACAAGUCAUGUCAGGUCAAGAAAAUUAUCGCUUGAAGUAACAAUUCUAGACAGACUGGGUCAGGAAUUAGUUAUUAGGGUCUACAAAAGCAAUAUUUUGUACGGUCACUAUUCAGUAAGAUUUGGAAAUUGACUGGUCAGUGGAUUAUAGCAGGCAGCCGUGAGUGAAACGUCACACAGUGUGAACCACCCAUUCUUUUCUUCGUGCUGACUACGACUGCGAGGACCAACGCAUAAUGGGAGCAAGAUCUUUCUUCCCCCCUCAUGGUGUUCAUGAAUAGACCACCACUGAUGUCUUAUCCAGGCAGGGCACAACAUACGCUCUGGUUUCCGUCCUAGUUUCACCAGGAAACCAUGCAGACACUCCAGUGCUCAAACAAGACACAGAGCAAGAAAUUGCACAUACCUUGCUUUGGCCUCGCUCUCGUGCUGCUGGUCUCCUUGGCCUCUCCGGCCAGUUCCUGCACCGAGCAUGAGGAGGCCUCCCUUCUCCAGUUCCAUGCCGGGCUCUCGUGGGACGGCGGCCUCGCCGCGACGUGGCGUAGCAACAAGGACUGCUGCACUUGGGAAGGGGUCAUCUGCAGCAGUCCUAAUAGGACGGUCACUGAUGUUUUGCUGGCUUCUCGAGGCCUCGAGGGGUCCGUCUCGCCGUUCCUUGGCAACCUCACCAGCCUUUUGCGCCUCAACCUCUCUCACAACUCGCUGUCCGGUGGCCUGCCGCUGGAAUUGGUGUCGUCCAGCAGCAUCACUACACUUGAUGUUAGCUUUAACCAGCUCACUGGAAAACUCCACGAACUGGCAUCUCCAACCCCUGCCCAGCCUCUCCAGGUACUGAACAUCUCGAGCAACUUAUUUGCAGGACAGUUUCCAUCCACCACAUGGGAAGCAAUGAAGAAUCUGAGAGCACUCAAUGCCAGUAACAACAGCUUUACAGGGCACAUACCAACUUAUCUCUGUAACAGCUCACCGUCCUUCGCUGUGCUUGAUCUGUGUUUAAACAAAUUCAGUGGCAACAUCCCCCAACAAAUUGGUGAUUGCUCCAAGCUGAGAGAGCUCAGGGUCGGGUACAACAACAUCAGUGGAGAAAUCCCAGACGAACUCUUCAAUGCUACUUUGUUGGAAUACCUGUCUUUUCGUAAUAAUCAUUUAAAUGGAGUUCUUGAUGGUGUGCGCAUAACCAAGCUCAGAAAUCUAGUAACACUUGAUCUUGGAGGGAACAACUUCAGUGGCGAGAUUCCAGAUUCCAUAGGCCAGCUCAAGAAAUUGGAGGAGUUCCAUUUGGACAACAAUAAAUUGUCAGGGGAGCUGCCAUCAGCUCUAAGCAACUGCACGAAUCUCGUAGCAAUUGACCUCAAGAAUAACAAUUUCAGUGGACAGCUCGCCAAGGUCAAUUUCUCCAACCUGCCAAAUCUAAAGACAUUAGAUGUUUACUUCAACAACUUCAACGGCACAGUUCCAGAAAGCAUAUACUCUUGCAGCAAUCUGACUGCACUACGGGUAUCCACCAACAAAUUAAUAGGGCAGCUUUCACCAAGAAUAAGUGAUCUGAAGAACCUCACCUUCCUAUCACUCUCCACAAACUCUUUCAGCAAUAUCACAAACACACUUCACAUCCUAAAGAUCUGCAGGAACCUUACCACUCUGCUAAUCGGCAGUAACUUCAAGGGAGAGCUCAUGCCAGAGGAUGACAGAAUUGAUGGCUUUGAGAAUCUCCAGGUUUUGGACAUUGAAAGUUGCCAGUUGUCUGGAAAAAUACCUCUAUGGAUAUCAAGGCUCACAAAUUUGGAGAUCUUACUUUUAAAUAGCAAUCAACUCACUGGACCGAUACCAGGCUGGAUCAACUCCCUAAGCCAUCUCUUCUUUAUGGAUGUGUCAAACAACAAUCUUACAGGAGAAAUCCCGUUAACCUUGAUGGAGAUGCCAAUGCUAAAAUCAAUUGAAAAUGCAACUCAAUGGGACCCAAGGGUCUUUGAGUUGCCUGUUUACAGUGGUCCAUCACUUCAAUACCGUGUUGUUACAUCUUUUCCAACGGUGUUGAAUCUAAGCAACAAUCAGUUCACUGGUGUGAUUCCCCCACAGAUUGGUCAGUUGAAAGUGCUUGUUGUACUUGAUUUAAGUUUCAACAAGUUAUCCGGACAGAUCCCACUGUCGAUUUGCAACCUCACAAACUUGCAGGUGCUAGACUUGUCCAGCAACAGUCUAACAGGUGCUAUCCCAGCUGCAUUGAAUAGCCUACACUUCCUUUCAGCAUUCAGCAUUUCGAACAAUGACCUAGAAGGGCCUAUUCCAUCUGGAGGCCAGUUCAAUACAUUCCAGAAUUCUAGUUUCGAUGGGAAUCCAAAGCUGUGUGGCUCUAUUCUCACUCACAAAUGUGAUUCUUCAAUACACCCGUCCUCCAGAAAACAACGAGAUAAGAAAUUUGCUUUCGCAAUUGGAUUUGGUGUGUUCUUUGGAGGUAUUGCUAUUCUGCUGUUGCUGGUGCGACUCCUUCUCUCAGUCAAGAUAAAGGGUUUUACAGAGAAAAAUGGAAGCAAGAAUAGCGGAGAUGUUGAAGCGACUUCAUUCUACUCCAGUUCAGAGGAAACACUAGUAGUGAUGCACAUGCCACAAGGCAAGGGAGAAGGAAACAAGCUCAAAUUCUCUGACAUUUUGAAAGCUACGAACAACUUUGACAAGGAGAACAUCAUUGGGUGUGGAGGCUAUGGGUUAGUCUACAAGGCAGAGCUACAUGAUGGCUCCAAAUUGGCAAUUAAAAAGCUCAACGGUGAAAUGUGUCUGAUGGAAAGGGAAUUCAGUGCAGAGGUUGAUGCUCUCUCCAUGGCACAGCAUGAAAAUCUUGUACCACUCUGGGGUUACUGCGUCCAGGGACACUCAAGGCUCCUCAUGUAUUCCUACAUGGAGAAUGGCAGCCUAGAUGAUUGGCUUCAUAACAGAGAUGAUGGCACUAGCUCAUUUCUUGACUGGCCGACUCGGCUCAAGAUCGCACGAGGAGCCAGCCUAGGCCUCUCCUAUAUCCAUGAUAUCUGCAAGCCUCAAAUUGUACACCGUGACAUCAAAUCCAGUAAUAUCCUAUUGGACAAAGAAUUUAAAGCUUACCUUGCAGAUUUUGGGCUAGCCAGAUUGAUCCUUCCCAACAAAACUCAUGUUACAACUGAGUUGGUCGGCACUAUGGGUUACAUUCCCCCUGAGUAUGGGCAAGCGUGGGUUGCUACGUUGAGAGGAGAUAUAUACAGUUUUGGGGUAGUCCUGCUUGAGCUGCUCACAGGAAGGCGACCUGUUCCAGUUUCGUCUACAACAAAAGAACUUGUCCCAUGGGUUCUACAGAUGAGGUCUGAGGGCAAGCAGAUUGAGGUCCUGGAUCCAACACUUCGAGAAACAGGGUAUGAAGAGCAAAUGCUGAAGGUGCUUGAAACUGCUUGCAGGUGUGUCAAUCAUAAUCAGUUCAGGAGGCCAACUAUCAUGGAAGUGGUCUCCUGCUUGGGCAGUAUAGACACUGAUCUGCGGACAUAAAAGCUAGCCAAUACUUAUUAUUAACCUUACAGUUGGGUUUUACAGCGCCCAACAGGUUGUUAUUUUGAGCUUAAUUUACUUUUCUAGAAAAGCUUUUUUUUUUGUAGUUCAUCUUCCUUUCGGAUGUUUCUUGAAGCAUUAUUCAUGCUCAAGCUUCCCAAGAGUGUAAAAAAAGAAUAAACAAGUAAAAUGAUUGCCUUGUUUUCACAGUGAAAGAAUAAAAGUGCUUUCCAUUCAAGUGCA